AUGCAUUUCAAAUUUCUGCUGAAACUUUGGUCGAUAGCACUAAAUCUCUUCUUGAAGGAGUUUAAUAAUAGAACUGGAGUUGAUAUGUUAACUACUGCGUUCUGGUUCAGCAACGUUGAACGAAUUGAGUUGACAAUGUUGUUCUGCCAUAAUAAGAUGAGUAACAAUAUCGAUGAGUUGGCGAAGCGCGUGAAAAGUAUGGCUGAUUCUCUUAAAAACACGAUCGAUGAAUCUAAAGCGUUAAAUGUCGAGCAAAGCAAGAGGCCAGCAGCUUAUAGGGAGAAGAUUGAGAAACUGAGCGCGGAAGUUGUCGAUUCUAAUCCUUAUAGUCGAUUAAUGGCUCUGCAGCGAAUGGGAAUUGUCAAGGAUUAUGAGCAAAUUAGGCAAAAAACCAUUGCCGUAGUUGGGGUAGGAGGAGUGGGAAGUGUAGUGGCUGAAAUGCUGACAAGAUGCGGAAUUGGAAAAUUGAUUCUUUUCGAUUAUGAUAAAGUUGAAAUCGCGAAUAUGAACAGAUUAUUCUACCAGCCUCAUCAGUCCGGACUUAGUAAAGUUGAAGCCGCUAGGGAUACUUUGAUCCACGUAAACCCCGAUGUUGAUAUUGAAAUUCACAAUUUCAAUAUCACGACAAUUGACAAUUUCAAAACGUUCGUCAGCCGUCUUCGAAAUGGCUCGAUUUCCGACGGAAAAGUUGAUUUGGUGCUCAGUUGCGUCGACAAUUUCGAAGCUCGAAUGACUGUGAAUACAGCGUGCAACGAGGAGAAUCAAAUUUGGAUUGAAUCCGGAGUUAGCGAGAACGCUGUUUCUGGUCAUAUUCAAUAUAUUGAACCCGGGAAAACUGCAUGUUUUGCGUGCGUUCCGCCACUAGUUGUUGCUUCUAACAUUGAUGAACGAACAUUGAAGCGAGACGGAGUUUGCGCGGCGUCGCUCCCAACCACAAUGGCUGUAGUGGCAGGAUUUCUUGUGAUGAAUGCACUCAAAUUCUUGUUAAAAUUCGGAGAAGUUUCGCCGUAUGUCGGCUACAAUGCUCUGGUCGAUUUCUUUCCACGAGAUUCCAUUCAGCCGAACCCUUGCUGCGAUGAUCAAUACUGCCAAAUUCGACAGAAGGAAUACCAAGAAAAAUUAGCGAAUGAACCUGUAAUUAUUGAAGCGAAAAAAGAAGAAAAUGACGAAGUUGUUCACGAGGAAAACUGCUGGGGAAUCGAACUUGUUGAUGAAUCGGUCCCUGCAUCAGCUCCUACAUUGUCUGCAUCCGCAUCAGGGUUGAAGUCGGCUUACGAAGCUCCGGAAAAAACUGGAGAGGAAAUUGAAAUUCCAAAAGCCUCUUCAAACAGUUUGGCUGAACUAAUGGAAAGCAUGAAUGAUAAAGAAAAUGAGGACGCAUCGCAGAAGGACAUCGACAACAUUUCGACGAAAUUGGAGAGAAUCCCAAACUUCAACACUUUGAAAACGAUUUCUCCCGAUGAUAUUCCAUACGAGGAAGACAUUUUGCGAAAUCCAACUUCGGUGAACUGUUGGCAACGUUAUAUUGACCAUAAAAAGCAAAACAAAUCAUCGUUCAAACAAGUUUUCUUGAUUUACGAGCGAGCGUUGGCGAUAUUUGAGCGAAGUUAUAAGCUAUGGUUUCAUUAUUUGAAAUACAGAGAAAGCUCAAUUUCUCAUAAAUGCCCCACUGAUCCAGCGUGGGCGUCACUUUGCGAUACUUAUGAGAGGUGCUUGAUGAGACUUCAUAAGAUGCCUCGUAUCUGGCAAUGUUAUUGUGAAGUGAUGAUUAAGCGUGGUUUGGUUACUGAAACCCGUCGGGUCUUCGACAGAGCGCUUCGUUCUCUUCCAGUGACACAGCAUAUGCGAAUUUGGACUCCUUAUCUUGAGUUUUUGACAUCACACGACCUUCCUGAGACGACAAUCCGCGCAUAUCGACGAUAUUUGAAACUAAACCCGCGAGCGAGGGAAGAUUAUAUCGAAUUUUUAAUUGCCAGAGAUCAAAUUGAUGAAGCAGCAAAAGAACUUGCGACGCUUGUGAAUAUGGAUCAAGCAGUUUCUGAGAAAAAAAAAACCGCACAUCAAUUAUGGACACAACUUUGCGAUCUCAUUUCGAAAAAUCCUGUUAAAAUCUUUUCAUUGAACGUAGAUGCAAUCAUCCGACAAGGAAUAUAUAGAUACACUGAUCAGGUGGGAUUCCUUUGGUGUUCGUUGGCAGAUUAUUAUAUUCGAAGUGCUGAGUUUGAGAGAGCUCGCGAUGUUUACGAAGAAGCAAUGUCGAAAGUGUCGACUGUUCGCGAUUUUGCUCAAGUUUAUGACGCCUAUGCUGCUUUUGAAGAACGAGAGGUCUCGAUUAUGAUGGAAGAAGUUGAACAAAGUGGAGAUCCGGAAGAAGAAACUGAUCUUGAAUGGAUGUUCGAACGAUAUCAAAAUUUAAUGGAACGCAAGAACUUGCUAUUGAACAGCGUUCUUCUUCGUCAAAAUCCGCAUAAUGUGAACGAAUGGUUGAACCGCGUCAAAAUCUUUGAAGGCGAUUAUGAGAAGCAAAUUGAAACAUUCAAGGAGGCUGUUAAGUCGGUUAAUCCGAAGCUGCAGGUUGGAAAAGUUCGAGAUCUUUGGAUCGCCUUUGCCAAGCUCUAUGAAGAUAACGGGGAUUUGGAUGCGGCUCGAAAGACUUUUGAAGCAGCAGUUCUUGCAAAUUAUGGAGGUGUUAGUGAGCUUGCAAAUGUGUGGUGUGCGUAUGCUGAAAUGGAAAUGAAACACAAGCGCCCGAAAGUUGCUAUUGCACUUCUGAGUCGAGCAUGCAGUGUUCCGCUUAUUGGUGAUAAUGAUAAUAAGCAAUCAGUGCAAUCUCGUGUUCAUCGAAGUCCUAUGCUUUGGGCAAUGUACGCGGAUUAUGAGGAAUGUUGUGGAACUGUGGAAUCAUGCAAGAAGGUCUAUGAUAAGAUGAUUGAUUUGAGAGUCGCCUCACCACAAAUGGUCAUGAAUUAUGCAUUGUUUCUUGAAGAGAAUGAAUAUUUCGAGGCAGCUUUCCAAGCGUAUGAGAAGGGAAUUGCAUUGUUCCGCUGGCCAAAUGUUUUUGAUAUUUGGAAUACUUACCUUGUAAAAUUUAUUAAGCGAUAUGGUGGAAAAAAGUUGGAACGUGCUCGCGAUUUAUUUGAGCAGUGUCUAGAGAAUUGCCCGCCGAAAUUUGCUAAAUAUAUUUUUCUACUCUAUGCGAAACUCGAAGAAGAGCACGGAUUGGCGAGGCAUGCGUUGUCAAUUUAUAAUCGCGCCACAUCGGGAGUAGAUCGAAGUGAUAUGCAUUUGAUGUACAAUAUUUAUAUCAAGAAAGUUCAAGAAAUGUACGGAAUUGCACAAUGCCGACCGAUUUUCGAGAGAGCGAUCGCAGAAUUGCCGGAGGAUAAGUCAAGAGCGAUGAGUUUGCGGUAUGCUCAACUAGAGACGACAGUUGGAGAAAUCGACAGAGCUCGAGCCCUUUACGCUCAUGCGGCCGAAAUUUCUGAUCCAAAAGUUCACAUCAAAUUUUGGGAUACUUGGAAAAACUUUGAAGUUUCUCAUGGAAAUGAAGCGACUGUUCGGGAUAUGUUGCGAGUUCGACGGUCUGUAGAGGCAUCUUAUAAUGUGAAUGUCACGUUGACCUCAGUGCAGAUGAGAGUUGACGCGGAGCGGAAAGCUCAAGAUAGCAUUGUUGGAAGCUCAAACCCAAUGUCAUCGUUGGAAAAAGAAGCAGAAGAGAAAUUUGGAGGUUCAAUCACUCAAGUUUCCCUCAAUAAGGGCAACAUUUCAUUUGUUCGUGGUGCUGGAAAGACUGUGCAGGAAAACACGACAGAAAAUCCGGAUGAGAUUGCUUUGGAUGGUGACGAAGAGGAAGAAGCAAUGGAUAUUGACACGAAAACCGUGCCCGUCCAAGUUUUUGGAGGCCUUAAAAAAGAUGAUGAUGACGAAACCGCCUAG